AUGUGGUUGAUCGUCGAGCUGCUGCUCGUCAUCGGCAAAGUGCUAUGCCUCGGUACUGUCAUCACGCAGAUCUCGGCUCUACUCGUUGAAGGGUUCGUCCACCCCGACUACAAGCCUGUCCUGGAGGCGUUCAAACGAAAUCUACAUAAGGGAUGGGAAAGGGAUGGAGCUGCUUUUGCGGUCUACCACAAUGGAAGGAUGGUGAUCGAUAUCUGGGGAGGCUUUGCGGAUUUUGAUAGCUGUCGUCCGUGGCGUGAGGACACGAUGAGUAUUGCAUUUAGCAGCUCUAAGGCUGUCGGCGCCGUUUGCGUGGCUCUGUUGGUCGACAGGAAGUUGGUCAGCUACGACGAUAAGGUCGCAAGCUUUUGGCCGGAAUUUGCGACGCGCGGCAAGGAGGAAAUUACGCUACAGAUGGUCAUGGAACAUACCGCCGGAUUGCCGCUGAUCGAUCAUAAAAUUACGUUUGAAGAGGCCUCUGAUUGGGUGUCGAUGUCUAAUCGUUUUGAAGAUCAGAAACCUAUCUGGAAACCGGGCACUCGUGUCGGCUACCACGCGCUAACAUUUGGAUGGCUGGUUGACCUCAUCAUCCGCCGCGUUGAUCCUGGCAAGCGUGGCGUCGGCCAGUUUUUUCGUGAAGAGAUUGCCAUCCCGCACAAUAUCGAUUUCCACUUUGGCCUUCCGGUAGAGCUGACCCAUAGGGUCAGCCGGAUUCGGAAGCCCUCGAUGUGGAACAGGGUUGAAGAAUGGCUGGCUGACCCCGAGACCGUGGACUACCGUAGUGUCUUCAAAAAUUACCUCACUAAUGGAUUGAUGCUGCGAGUUGUCGACAACGCCACGUGGCUUCAAAGCAUUUUCCGUGUCACGCUGAACAACCCCGAGCUGUACCGUCUCGAGCAGUGCGCGGCCUUGGGCAUCGGAACUUCUCGUUCAUUGGCGAAGCUGAUGCAACUCUAUAUGGACGGAAAGAUUGUGUCAAAGCAAACCGUCGAACUGACAUCUCACCCGACGGUUGUCAAGAUGAGAGACUGCGUCACUUAUGCGACCACGGAUCGUGGCUGGGGAUUCACGCAUUCGCAUUUUGCCUACAAGCUGUGUUUCGCUUAUUUAUCAAACGGACUGAAGAGUGGCCUUGGCGAUCGGGCCCGGCCCUACGUGCAACUUCUACGCGCUCUCUACUCGACACUGCCCGAGCGGAACAACAACAAACUCGACCUCUUUCACGUCGAUACCAGCUUCCAGCUCGAGCUCGAGGAA